CGGCGUCAGCGGCGCUUUGUUUCGAGUUUACAGUUUAAUAUUCGCGUCUCGCGCUAAAUGUUGUUAAUGGUGUUAAUUGUAGCAUUGCAGUUUUAAUUUUGUUCGUUUGUGUUUCGAGUGUGUUACUUGUUGUCAAGUUGUUGCUUGUGAUUGUUUUUAACGCGCUAAUUGUAGCAUUAAGAUGAGCGCCUUUGAGAUUACUGUAACGCCGUCGCGACUUAAGCAGAAGAAGCGCAUCGAAGGGCGCGAACCCGCCGUGGUGGUAAUGGCUCCAUUCUCAGCCAAGGCAAUUGUGCAAUUCGAGGAUGUGCCCGUUAGCAAAACUGCAAGGCGCUUUGUGCGUGUUAUCAAUCCCAGUGACGAGGAUAUUGAGGUAAAAGUAACAAAACCUAUUAAAGAGGAGCACAAUCUGAGCCUGGAGUGGAUGGAACACACUGUUCCUGCUCGCGAUGAGGUGAGCAUGGAGUUAGUGUGGAAUCCCCAGAUGGAUGUGGCAUGCAAGGAAACACUGCAGCUGCUGGACAAUCGUAACUUUCGCAAGGAAGUUAUGAUUAUUCUCAAAUCCAAAAGCAACCAGCCUGCAAGGACUACUCGCAAAUUUCCCACAGUCGGCAAGACGCUGCAACUCAAAUCGCCGACAAGCGGCAACAAGACCCACAAGAAUGUCCUUGCAGCUGCACAGCAAAAGAAACGCAUGUCCAGUGGACCGGUGGCCACAUCAACAGCUAACAAGUCAUCCUGGCGAAAUGGACCCGCUGCACGCCGGGCAUCCACAGUGCAAGCGCCACUGAGCGAGCGUAAUGUUUACAGAGCUGCGUCCUCCACCCGGGAUGCUCCUGAGGUGAAGCCCUUUGUUUCACCACAGCCUCGCAACUGCAAGGAGAAUGUCAGUCCUAUGACGCCGGGCAAUGUGUUCAAUUUGAUUGACAAAAUGCAAUUCACGCCGCUGGGCGAUGUGGCUUGUGGAUCAACGACAGCAACUGUUUUGCCAGAUAACCUUGCUGCCUGGCCAACUCCUACGCUUAACAUGAAUGCAACUCACACACAUAACACCAACGAGUUGCGUCCAAGGCGGCUUAACUCUGUGCUGGACGAGGAUCAGACUCCCUCAAACAAAACAUUUGAUGUGAAGCAUUCGGAAGCAAUGAACAUGUCCACAGACACCUUGGAUUGCUCGAUAAUUGCUCUAAACAGAACCACAACAAUUGUGCCGGCCACACACACACGUGCCUUGGCAUGCAUACGCGAGGAGGAUGGCAGUCCGCCCAAUUUGGCAACCCAGUCACCAGCCAAGAGCAAGGUUUAUGAUCUCAAGCGGGAUAUUAAUGUUGUGGGAUCGCCGCUGCGCAAGUACUCGGAAUCAAUGAAGAAUCUAUCGUUGUUAUCGCCACAAUCGAAGGUUGCUAUACAGGGAUCCAUGCCAAAUUUGAAUGAAAUGCUACCACUUCGUUCCAUUGAACAGAAUCGUUACUAUCAACAGCAGCAGCAGCACCAUCAACUGCAGCCGGCAGCGACGACAUGUCUCGAUAACUCCUGCUCCAGCGAGACGAGCAUUGUGUCCCAGCAUGAUGUGUUGUUCAAUCACUGUGAGAUCUUGGCUCAAUCUAGUCGCUGCAACAUACACGAGGUGGGCAAGAAAUUCCAAAAGAUCAACUCGAACCCCAACAAGGGCAAGGAAAUAACAAUGGAACCCGAAGUCACUAUCAGUGGGCACAAACGUCGCUCACAUGAACUCAGUUUCUCGGAUGCACCCAGCAACGAGUCUUUGCAUCGCAAUGAAACACUGGUCAUCUCACCGCCCAAACGACAAAGGUUUGAGGUCAGUAGCUUCUCGCCGGCCAAUGCCUCAGCGCGGGGCGUCAAGGCGUGGCCGCGUGCCCAGCCCAAGAAGUUUAAGUUGGCGCAAACGAUGUCGCUGUUAAAGAAGCCACCAACACCGCUCAGGACACGGGAACAACAACCAAUUAAACUGUAUGAUUCAGAUCUGUAUAUGCAAUUGUACAUUAAUCCGGAUCCCUUUGCUGCUAGCACAACUAUGGAUCCAUUUCUGGCAUCCACAAUGUAUCUCGAUGAACAGGCCGUGGAGCGGCAUCAGGCGGACUUUAAGAAAUGGUUAAAUGCAUUGGUUAGCAUUCCCGCAGAUCUCGAUGCGGAUAGCAAUAGCAAAAUAGAUGUGGGCAAGCUGUUUAACGAGGUGCGCAACAAGGAAUUAUCGCUGGCGCCGACGAAAGAAGUCCAGUCCAUGAAUUACUUGACCACAUUUCGCCUGGAGACACUGCGUCGCGCUGCUGUUGAAUUGUUCUUCAGCGAGGAGAUGCGUCUUCCCUGCUCCAAGGUUGCUGUAUAUGUCCAAAAGCAGGCGCUACGCAUUCGCAGUGAUCGCAACUUACAUCUGGAUGUGGUCAUGCAACGCACCAUUCUGGAGUUGUUGCUCUGCUUCAAUCCACUCUGGCUGCGUCUGGGCUUGGAGGUGGUGUUUGGCGAGAAGCUGCAUCUCAAUUCAAAUCGCGACAUUGUUGGCCUCAGCACUUUCAUUCUGAACCGCCUGUUUCGCAACAAGUUUGAGGAGCAAAAGUUCAGCAAGGCUUUUACUUUAACCGAGGAGUAUGCGGAGACAAUUAAGAAGCAUACGCUUCAGAAGAUUCUAUUCCUAUUGCUGUUUCUCGAUCAGGCCAAGCAGCGACGCAUCAUCAAGCACAAUCCGUGUCUGUUCGUCAAGAAGUCGCCCCACAAGGAAACCAAGGAUAUUCUGCUGCGCUUCUCCUCCGAGCUGAUAGCCAAUCUUGGCGACAUUACGCGAGAACUGCGUCGCAUGGGAUACGUGCUCCAGCACAAGCAGACUUUCCUUGAUGAGUUCGAUUAUGCCUUCAGCAAUCUGGCCGUGGAUCUGCGGGAUGGCGUUCGCCUCACUCGUGUCAUGGAGGUCAUCCUGCUGCGCGACGAUCUCACCCAGCAAUUGCGUGUUCCAGCCAUUUCCCGCCUGCAGCGCAUAUUCAAUGUGAAGCUUGCCUUGGGAGCCUUGCAAAAUGCCGACUUUCAGCUCAGCGGCGACAUCUCCGCUGCGGACAUUGUCGAUGGCUAUCGAGAGAAGACACUCUCCCUGCUCUGGCAGCUGUGCUACAAGUUCCGUUCACCCAAAUUCAAUGCGGCUGCACUAGUAUUGCAGACGUGGUGGCGUCGUCGCUGGCUUCAUGUUGUCAUUCGUCGUCGCAUUCGGGAUCGGGCAGCGAUACGUAUCCAGUCCGUUUUCCGUGGUCACCAGGCGCGCAAGUAUGUCGCAUUGUAUAGAGUGGAACGCCUGCAAGCCACCAUCGUGCUGCAGAAAUACACACGUCGCUAUCUGGCCCAGAAGCAUCUCUAUGAAAUGUAUCAAAAGAUUGUCCACAUUCAAGUCUGGUGGCGUGCCCAGCGCCUGGGUCGAUUGCUUCGCCAACAGUUUCUGCGUCUGCGUGAAUCGACAAUAUUCCUGCAGAGAAUUUGGCGACGACGCAUAUUCUCCAAGAAGCUGUUGGCUUACGUAGCCACAGCUCGUCUUCAACGUGAUCAAAUGCACCAAGCUGCUGCCUCCUGCAUUCAGAUGCAUUGGCGUGCCCGUCGCUGUGCCAUGAAACAACGUAGAAACUAUCUGCGACAACGACAGCUAAUCGUUUUUGUGCAGCAGAGCGUGAGGAAUAAGUGGAUGACGCAGCAAACCCGCCAGGAGUUCCUAAUUCUUCGCCAGUCAACGUUGAUCUUACAGAGACGCUAUCGCGCACGCCUUGAGAUGCUUAGGACACGUCAGAGCUUUACCCUUCAGCGUCGCAGUGUCAUAAUCCUGCAGCGUCAUUGGAGGGCAGCUCUUGAAAUGCGUAGGCAGCUCCAAAACUAUAGUUUAAUGAAGAGGAGUGCAGUGCUCAUCCAGACCAAAUAUCGAGCCCGUCUGCAGAUGCGGCAGCAACGUCACGAUUAUAUACAGCUGAAAAGUGCAACAAUUGUGUUGCAGCAACAUUAUCGAUCACGUCUGCAGAUGCUGCAAGUACAGCGUAGAUAUCUAAGGGAUCGUCAAUGUAUUAUCAACCUGCAACGACGAUGGAGAGCAACUCGAGAGAUGCGCCGUCAGUAUCGUUAUUAUCAGCAGUUGAAAAAUGUCACUAGAUUGCUGGAGCACAAACAUCUCGCCCGAAUACAGAUGCGACAGCAGCGCAAGGAUUUCAUUCAGCUGAAGGAUGCGGCUCUCGUGUUGCAAAGACAGUGGCGAGCACGGCAAUUGAUGCGGAUGCAGCGUAGUCAAUUCCAGCGUCUUCGACAUGCCGCUGUCAUUAUCCAACGUGGCUUCCGUGCCUUCAAAUCCAUGCGUUAUGUGAAUGCCAAGUAUCGUGGUACUAAAGCCGCCGUUUCUUGCCUACAAAUGCACUGGCGAAACUAUUUGCUUGGCAGAAGACAGCGACAGAAUUAUCUGCAACUACGUCAGGCAGCCCUAAUCCUGCAGAUUCGCUACCGUGCUCGACUGGCGAUGCGAAAACAGAGGGACAGUUUCCAGCAGCUGAGACUGGUGGCAAUCCAAAUGCAGCGUCGCUAUCGAGCUCAGUUGUCCAUGCGAGUGCAGCUGGCGGCAUAUCAUUACCAACGUGGACUUAUCGUGCAACUGCAACAACGAUAUCGGGCUCAGCUGGCCAUGAGAUCAGCACGCAGAAGUUAUCAGCGGCAACGUCAGGCUGCCACUCGCAUCCAGUUGUGGUGGCGUGGUCUGCAGGAGCUGCGAUUAGUUCGUCAAGGCUAUCAGCGAAUUCGCUCAUGUUCCAUAACCUUGCAGCGUAAAUGGCGUGCCACGUUGCAAGCACGACGACAGCGUCAGAUAUUCCUGGCAACGAUCGUCAAAGUUCGCUGCCUGCAGCGUUGCCUGCGCGCCAUGCUGCUCAUGAGGCAGCAGCGUCGUCAGUUUCUGCGUGAACGAGAGGCUGCCGUCGUUCUCCAGCGUCGUUAUCGAGCUCGUCAAGCUAUGCUCACUGCGAUGGCGCAGUUUCAACGUCUGAAAUCGGUCACCAUUUGGGUGCAACACAAAUUCCGUGCCACACAGAGUAUGCUUCAAAAGCGCUGCCAGUUUCAGCUGCUUCGCAAGAUUACAAUUCAUCUGCAGCAAAAGUUUCGUGGUAAACGUUUAAUGCUGGUACAGCAGAAACGUUUCCAGCUUUUGAGUCGAUGCACUGUGCAUUUCCAAAGCCAUGUGCGUGGCUAUCUUGCUCGCAAGCGUUUCCAGGCUCUAAUGACUCCCGAGAUGAUGGAACUUCUGCGCCAAAAACGGGCAGCCAAAGUGAUACAACGCUACUGGCGUGGCUAUCGCACACGCCGGCGACAACGACACGCCGGACUACUCGCCAUACGGCGGCGUCUUAUACAGCUUCGUCAAGACGCAACGGUCAUGAAUUCAGUACGCUCCAAGGUGCAGGACUCCGUGCGUAUUUUGCGUGGUCGCUUUAUUGCCUCCGAUGCGUUAACCGUCCUCAGUCAGCUAGAUCGUCUUUCGCGGACGGUACCCCACCUGCUAAUGUGGUGCUCCGAGUUCAUGUCGACCUUUUGUUAUGGCAUCAUGGCGCAGGCAAUUCGCUCGGAGGUUGACAAGCAGCUUAUCGAGCGGUGCAGUCGCAUUAUUCUCAAUCUGGCACGUUAUAACAGCACUACAGUGAAUACUUUCCAAGAGGGCGGACUGGUAACCAUUGCCCAGAUGCUUCUACGUUGGUGUGAUAAGGACAGUGAAAUCUUCAACACAUUAUGCACGCUUAUUUGGGUUUUUGCCCACUGUCCAAAGAAGCGAAGGAUCAUUCACAACUAUAUGACCAAUACAGAGGCCAUUUACAUGGUUCGUGAAACAAAGAAACUCGUUGCCCGCAAGGAAAAGAUGAAGCAGAAUGCACGCAAACCCAUUGUCCCUACAGUCAGUCGUUAUGGCCAACAAACUCCAUCCUUUUUGCCACGUUCCUUGCCGAGUCUAGAACCAGACUUUGGCAUCAUUCGGAGCAGUCCUUAUACAUUCAUAUCAUCAGUGUUUGCAUUUGAUACGAUUCUUUGCAAGCUGAAGAUUGAUCUUAUAUAGUUGAAUAGUACUACUUGGUUAAGUUAUGGAUCAGAGAGCUCAUUUUAAAUCUAUAGUUAAAUGUUCUGAACGUGUUUGCUUUAUGUUUUGUAUGUGCUGAUUGAUUCUUAAUGUUUUUUAAAUGAAAUGAAAAUAAACGAUACGUUUUUCUUAAUU